AGCUUAUUUAUGAUUAAGUGGGCUACGAGCUCUCUGCAGUUCAAGAAAUCAUUUACGGUGGCUAGACUCAGCUUUGCUCUCGGUACAUGCUUGGAGUUGACCUACGAUGGGAUCGACUUCGCUGGGCAUACGAGUUCGAAGUCGCGAUGCGAACAAAGAGCGCGUCUACCUUGAACGGCCUUAGCCGCGAAGAAAAGAAGAAAGCUCAGUGCUCGUUUGAACCAGGCGAAAUUGCUCAUGUCGAUGGUGGCGGUGGAGUCAAUGCUGCCUUCUACGAAUUCUUGGACCGUCAUAAAUUUCCACUGACGUCAAUGGAACGGCGGUACAUGCGCAUUCUCAUCCACAGCGCCCCCGAUAUCAGCAAAUAUUGUCUCGUUCUUCAACGUCUCAGUGCGGAUACAUUUAUCGUGUGUUACAUUGCGUCGUUUGGUGGCGUCGUACACGGCACCAACCUAUCUCCAAUGACUCGGUUUUUUUCCAUGGCUAUGGGUGAUGCACCUUCGUGGCCUCCCAAUACAAGGCCUCUGCACGUAAUUCCAAGGUGGAUUGGAUCUGGUUUCAUAUUUGGUGUUCCCGUGGUCAGGAAAAACCUGUCGAAAACCACUCAUACCCGUGCUUGUCUCGCCCACGGAGAGCUGCAAAGGGUAAGGUCUUUUGUUGCAGAACGACUCAAGCUCUUCCAGCAAGUGCACCAAGAACUGCGUGCGAAGGACAGCGAGUGGCAAAAAGUUCGCAAGAAAACUGGUUUAAAAUUUGACGACCAUGUGGAUCCCAGCGUAAUGCUGGACCGCCCAAGCAGGGUAGGCUCCAACCCUACGAUACCCAGCAAAGCGCCCGUCGCCGCCGACAUUGCGCAAUGUUCAAAUUUCAAAGGCAUGCUUCGGAUGAAGCGUGACAUUAAAGUGCCUUUACACCACAAACAUCGAUUCCUGGAAGUUCCUCCAAGCAAUCACUUAGCCUGGUUGCUGCAAUGGCAACGACAAGAUAUCAUGGCUUCACGGCUCUACCUCAAGUGUCUCACACGUCGACCCGACACAUGUUAUCCUUUACUCCGACACCUUCCAUUCCCCUUUCGGUAUGUGAGACCUUGAAGAUAAUAAAUCUAUUGCGCACCGUGGUGAACGGAGGGAGUUCACUCAGUCCAAUUUGGUCUUGCAGUUUACGACGUCAGAACUUUCCUAGUCCUACGUACUUGGUACGUGUUGCAGGAAUACUGUGCCCAUUCGGCUACACUGGGUACAGUAUCAUUCAAGAUGUGCAGGAGUGUACAAUGUCUGAGUAUGGCAUGAUAUGACUACAUUGUGGAGGUGGCGACAGGACUUUAAUAUACUUCUGAGGUUGUAACACCGUUCACAACGAGAUCGAAAGUCAUCACGGAGGAUGGCGGUACUAAAGACAUCUGAGUAUGGAUUUGUGUCGAUAGCUUUGUCACAUACCAGGUUUUGUAGCAAUGAGAGCAGGUAGAGAAGCAUUCGGGGGUCGCAAUACACCACU